UCUCUCAAACACGUUAUACGCCAUCUUGAAAACACACCAGCAGUUUGUUAAAUCGCUCUCAAACAAAAAAAAGGACAAACCACAACAACUUUUUUUUCCGCAGCGUUAGUGUCCGUUAUGAAUGGUUCACGAAACAAACCGGCACCGACAGUCAGUAAGAGUCAGACGGAGACAGAACCCGGCUCGGAGGCGAGGGAGAGAAAGAGCGGUGGAGGAAUGCUGAAGAAGCUGAAGUCAAGGCGCAAUCAGCCGGACAAGUGGCCUGUGGUCACCGAGGAUGAACUGCGGGCUAUGGGGAAAGAUAUUACCCCAGACAAUGUCCUGGGUCUCCGGGCAGUCACGGAGGACUAUCUGUGCAAACCUGAAGAUAAUAUCUACAGCAUUGACUUCACACGUUUCAAAAUCCGAGACCUGGAAACGGGAACGGUGCUGUUUGAGAUUGCCAAACCUCCUAACAGCGGUCCUCUGGACGGUGAAGAGGAGAGUGGGGAUGUAGACACCAGCGCGGGGCGUUUUGUGCGAUAUCAGUUUACACCGGCCUUCCUGAAACUGUGCACUGUUGGUGCAACUGUGGAGUUCACCGUGGGAGACCGGCCAAUUAACAGCUUCCGUAUGAUUGAGAGGCAUUACUUCCAGGGACGCCUCCUAAAGAACUUUGACUUUGACUUUGGCUUUUGCAUUCCCAACAGCCGCAACACAUGUGAACACAUUUAUGAGUUUCCACAGCUUCCAGACGACCUCAUUCGCCUCAUGGUGGCGCACCCUUACGAGACCAGAUCGGACAGUUUCUACUUUGUGGACAACAAACUCAUCAUGCACAACAAGGCGGACUAUGCCUACAACGGCGGUCUGUAAUACCUGAAGGGGAGAAAUAUUUGCGAUAUUCAGAGGGGGAUUGCUUUCAUCGCAUUACAACCAUCCAAAAGCUUUCUUUGGGGGCGGGGGGGGGUGGCAGAAGUCAUAUUCUCUUUGUGAACAUUCCUCCAAACGUGACAACAUUCAUCACAAUGGACCACAUCUGCCUCCGUACAAAAUCAUGGAUCCAUUCACCAGUACCUCAUUGACCUCAGCUUCUGGGACUCCGAGGAAUGUUCUGUCAAAUAUGUGUUUUGUCAAAUCUGACUCUUUGCUCUGUCUUUUGGUUUGUCAUUCAAAUAUCAUGUAACAUUUUUGCCUUAAGUUUCUUGCCGUCUCUGCUGGAAAGGGACACUUUGAAUCACAGACCUCUCAUGGAAAAGCCUAUAGGUUGUGUCAGUUAUAACUCCAUUUGCUUUAGUAUAUAGAUGUUAUCAGUUGAUGUUUAUUUGAACUACCUUUCGCUAGUGACAAUUGUGUUUCCCAUAUGGAAGAACGAGCAUUAACUAGACGUUUUACAGUAUUGUUAGUCAAGGAUGAUUAUGUAGCACUAGGUGACAUUGUUUGAAUUUCAUUCUUGCUUAAAUAUCUCCUAUCAGUUGUGAGCCAUCUGGACUGUUUGGGUCAGAUAUUUAAGAUAGGUGUUAAUUUGACGAGGUACAUUAGGUUGACCAAUCUCGUCUUAAGUAGAAGUUUUUUUUUGUUGAGGAUAAGCAUGAGCUCUUUUCAUAAUGUUAGGUGCAAUAUAUACCCUGCUAAAAUCUGUUAAACUUUUCGUGGCAUAAUUCGCUGUCAGUUGGGAAUCUAGUAUUGGUUAUAUCAAACUCUGCACACUUGAAAACACAAAAAGGUAAAGAUAUCAACUUAUUUGAGAGUUAUUAGACUUGCUUUACAUGCCAUCCGUUGCUAAAACAGCACUGAAAACAGUUUGAAACGGUUAUUUAAAUAAAUGUAUUAUGUAAACAAAUUACACAUUGUUUUAGUUGAAAGCAAUAAUAUAAAGUUUAAUAAAAAAAUAAUAGCUUUAACUUAAUACUAUUGCUUUAAACUUACCUAAUACAAUUAUGUGGAACCUGUUGACAUAAUACAUUUAAUUAAAAUCCAUUUAAAAAAAAUUCUGUGAGUUUAGUCUUCCCACGUUAUUGUACUCCACAAAGCACACGUUUUUAAUAACUUGAUGUCUGUCUUCCUGGUUUAUUUGGCACAAUAGUAUACUAUAAAUCCAACUCUUUUUGAGCAGAAUUUGUCUAGCAGUGUGUUAUACCUUUUAAACGGGUCGCUGUGUGUAUCUUCUGCUGCUCUGAGCUCAGGUUCUCAAUCUACUAAUGAUAUAAAGCACAAAGCAGGACAAUACAGAGUGAUGUUCCUUGGUAGUUGAUCUUUUUUAUUUUAAUAAGGCAGCAGGACAGACACAGUCCUGUUUUAAGGACGAUACCGGUGGUUUUGCAUAUUGUUGGCCAUUCACUACAAAUGUUGAAUGUCUAUUAGUUACAACUGUACAAUGUAAUUGAAAUUGUACAACAACCGUAAUCCUAUUUUAGCAGUUUUAAUUUGCAAUUAGAGCUACAAUUUACCAUUACUUGUUAAUUAUUUUCUAAAUGUAAGAGAAUAUUGCUUUGAUUAGCUGGUUCAGUUUUUUUCUUUUCUUUCGGUACAGUCAGUCAGGUGUUUUAGUGGCUGUCUGAAAUGCAGAAAAUAACACCUUACAAAUGGUCAGCAUUGCUUUAAUUCUAUUAUGCAAUGUAUUUAAAUCAUGCAAAACCACUGGAACAGUCUGGAAGUAAUUUCCAAAACUCAAAAGCUCCUCUCACUGUACUUUGUAACAUGACUCCAUGUGCCUUAUAUAUCCAGGUGUUCAUUGUUAAGUUGUUUAUUGUGUAAGGAAACGUUGUACUGAAAUUAAGCUGAAGGAAAGAUAAUUCAUCUCCGACGUCUUGCAGUACUGCCUUUUGUAAAACAGGUGUCUUACAGCCUGCGUUGAGUCAUUUUGUAUUAUCUUAUUUUAUCUUUGGGAUUUUAAUGUUUGAAGCAUCAAUGACAACUCAUGAUGUAGCCCAUUAAUAACUCAAACAAGUGUUAUAUCAGGCACACACUUUAAACAGCUGAAGCUUUUACUCAAUGACCCAAUACCACCUCAAUUUAUUUGCCAAUUGGACUCAAUGGAUGUAUCUCAGUUGGUCUGCUGGUUAGAAGCACUGGUGUUGCUAUGCCAAACAGUAUCGGUCAGCGGUAUUUUAUUGUAAAAAAUGAAAAUGCCUUGAGAAGAGGGUCCAAUUUGUGUUACUAGACUGUCUGGAUCAAUGUAUGGAUCAUAUUUGUAACCCGUUGCAUAGACCCCUCCUUUUAUAUUGUCUCAUUUUACAAGUGAUAAACUCAUGUUCAUUCAAAUGUAUUGUAAAUAAAAAUAUUAGACUGAAAAA